UGCAGUGAGUAUCACCAUCAGUACCACAACGGCACGCCAAGCCCCGGUGCUCAGACCGACCGACCGACCUCCCCACAGAAAAUCCGCCACAGUCAUUCCCUGCCAGCCAUGAAACAGACUCUGCUCGAGCUGAUGAGGAUGAGCAGAAUAUGCCGGAUGGUACUCGCCACUUGUUUGGGAUCUUUUAUUCUGGUCAUCUUUUAUUUCCAAAGUAUGUUCCAACCAGUCAUGCGGAGGAACCAGUUUGCGGCGGACGUGUGCUGUAGGAAAGGCUCCCGCAACGCACUGCAGGAACUCUACAACCCCACACAGUCUGAGUUUUCCAGUACCACCAUCCUCCACCAGGCCAGGAGAGACCAUGUAGCUGAGUCAUGUCGGGCCCAGAGUGCAUCCAGCCGCAAGCGCCGGGUCCUGACCCCCGGUGACCUCAAACACCUGGUGGUGGAUGAGGAGCAUGAGCUCAUCUACUGCUAUGUCCCCAAGGUGGCCUGCAGCAACUGGAAACGUGUCAUGAUGGUCCUCACGGGACGCGGCAAGUACAGUGACCCAAUGGAGAUCCCUUCCAACGAGGCCCACGUGCCGUCCAACCUGAAAUAUCUGAACCAGUACAGCAUCGCUGAAAUUAACCACCGCCUCAAGAGCUACCUCAAGUUCCUGUUCGUCCGGGAGCCCUUCGAGAGGCUCGUCUCUGCUUACCGCAACAAGUUCACCCUCAAGUACAACUCCUCCUUCCACCGCCGCUUCGGCACCAAGAUCGUCCGCCGCUACCGGAAGGACGCCACACAGGAGGCGCUGCUCAACGGCGCCGACGUCAAGUUCCGGGAGUUCGCCGAGUAUCUUGUCGACCCGGCCACGCAACGCGACGGCCCGCUCAACGAGCACUGGCAGACGGUGUACCAGCUGUGCCACCCCUGUCACAUCCACUAUGACCUGGUGGGCAAGUACGAAACCCUGGAGGAAGACGCCAACUACGUUCUGCGGCUGGCGGGGGUGGGUGAAUCGCUGCGCUUCCCGACCUACGCCAAGUCCACCCGCACCACAGACAGCAUGACGGCCCAGUUCUUCAGCAACAUCACCUCCCAGCAGCACAGCCAGCUCUUCCAGCUGUAUAAAUUGGACUUCCUCAUGUUCAACUAUUCCAUGCCAAGCUAUCUGCGACUGGACUAACGACUAGAGGACCAGGACAUGACUAGCCAGCUGGGACUCUGGGCACGAUCCACUUUUAUGAAGAGAAGAACAUAAGAACUGAGUGAAAGUGGAGAACAGAUAUUUUUGCAGAAGCUUUAUUCAAAAACUGUCGUCGCUGUUUCUGUGGGGUGAACAGGAAGGACUGAGGGGAAUGGGAGGGACAGAGAUUGGGGAAAGUUGCUGGAUCCGAUUUGAUGUGAAAGAUUCUUGGUUCUCCAAUCAGCAUUGUCCUGAAGGUGAUAAAGGAGGAAGUGGAGAUCCUAUAGCAUCAGAAUGCAGGGUUCAGGCGGAGCUGAUGUCAGAGGUUUUCUAAGAAGGGACAUAGAGGAGAGAAGCAGGACUCCUGGAGAGUGAUCGAUAUGUGUUCUGUAUGUACAUGAGGUGGGACUCUUGACCAAUUAGUCUGCUAUGGAAUCUGCACAGCAAACGGUGGCCUCGCAUGCACGUGCCCUGGCCCCAAAGCAUCAUGGGAGCUGAGCUUAUUUUAUAACGAACAAUAGCGAAACUCCGUCAAAUUGUAAAACACAUCCAUGUCCUUCCGUGUGCUGUAUCCUGGGUGUGUUUGAUACGCCCACCAAUUAUACAUUUGAUAAGUAAACUGGCUCUUGGCUCCACCUCAAGCCCUCCUCAUUAUAGCUGGCUAUUGACUUUGCUUUAAAGACCUCUAGAACCAAUAGGCUUAAACAGUGGAGCUACAAUUUACAGCCAACUGCUCUAAGGUUGUAGCUAUGCUGUCAAGAUCGCCAUCGUCAUAGGUGAAAAACCUCCUGAAUCCUAACGUUUGCCAGGUGAGGCCUCAGACUCCCAUAGCAGGAUCUGAAAAGGCGGCCAUUUUAGAAAGACGCUGAGCACCCUCGAGGCUUUGAGCCACAGGAAGUGGUCAGAAGGAAUGAUUGACAGGUGUUAGGUGCCUCCCACUGACCCAGAGAGGAACUGUAGAAGAGAUGGCCCGUGUGGCUGUGAAAGGGUUUAAGGGACAGGAUCUCAUAAAUCCGCCCACACCACACCCCAAAACCAGGCAGGGCCAUAACCCUGCCUACGGGCCAUGCCCAUUACC